AUGGCCGCCGACGAUACAUUGGAUCAACAAUUCGAGGGUCUACAAUUGAAUGAAAAGAAUAUUUUCGCACUUUCAGAAAACCAUCAAUUUGAAGAAAUACAAGAAUGUCAUAAGAUAUUUGUAACCCGUGAACUUAUGAUAUACAUAUUUCGCGAAUUACCGGUGCGCACGGUAUUGAAAAUGCGAUUAGUAUGUCACCGGUGGGAUGAAAUCCUGCAAGAUGAUUAUACGUGGAAACGGAUUUUUGAAUUCAAGUUCGGAAAGGUUCAAAACUCUUUGUUUCUCGAUGACCAAACCUACAAGUCUACAUGCAUUUUCAAGGAGUUCCAUGAGACACGCCUUUGGUCCAAUGUUAUUUCUCUCGUGAAUGAUCCGGCUUCGACAAAAUUGAACCGAUUCAAACUCUUUGGUGAAUCCGCAUUGACAAACAAUUAUCUGUACGAUGUUGUUGCCACCAAUGUGAUAGACAUCGGCGUAGCAAUCGCAUUGGUGGCGCAGCGAAGGUUGGUUCUCGAUGAACAAGCCGGCAUCCAAACUGUUAAUGAACGACCAACAAUAUCAAACGUGGACUUUAAUUUGAUCCCUAAUGUGGAAAUUAAGGUUUAUGUGAAACUUAUACCAUUCAAUGGUCACGACGGUUAUGAGCUUAUCAAUUGUGAUAGACAACUGUUAACAAUCUCUCGGAAUGAUUUUUUUCAAGAAGGCGGUUGGAUAAAAAAUUCAGUUAGAAUUCAGUUGGGGCGUAAAUACUUUAUGUAUUCUUCUGACGUCUCCAUGGGAACAUGCAAAAUAUUUUCGUAUUACGAAACGAACUCGCUUGGAAAUUUCAACGUGAGUAAUCCGCCGUUAAAAGAGCUGGCGAUAUCUCGCCACUUCUUCGUCACUGGAACGGAACCUGGAAAUUUUCAACUGACCACGCACACAAGUUCCAAUAAACACAUGAUCAGAUCGACUGACCUUGACGAAAGAUACAGAUUCGGCAUCGUCGUAGACGACAUACAGAUCAAUCGUGUUGAUCAACGAACAUUAAAGGGCAAAAUGUCCGCCUUUCACAUGGAUUUCAAUGAUCUCAUGAUAGUUGGCUAUUGUAAUAAUGAAGGAGAAUCGGUAUUCCGUGUGUGGGACCUUCGCGGUGCUAGGGAGUGUGAAAGCUUCGAAACGAGAGAACAUGAAAAUAAAAUUUCUCGAUACGAAGGAAAGUUAGAAUCAAAAGCCCAGAGUUUUUUGGUACGCUGGAAGGAUAGCCAUGGAAGAUAUAAAACACUCUUGGAAAACGAAUUGAAAGAUCAGUUGGAAGCAUCUCCAGAAAUCAUAGUAACUUGUUUGGGUGGGAACAUUGCUAUAUACGAAGUUGAGAAAAAAUUAAAAUGUCUGUGGAGGAUUUCUACCGGAUUAACUUUUUUGAAAGUCAUUGACACGAAAUUUUGGUCACCGGUUAAUUUUCCUUCCAAUGGAAAUUGGCUGUUUCUGUCAGCGAAAAAAAUUGUUGGUGACAUGAAGAUGCCGGUGGUGUUACAAUUGCGUCUUACGACAUCCACAAAAAAUUAUGAUGGCAUCAACCUCGGUUAUCUAAACAUCGACGAUCAUAAUCCCAACAAAGAGGAUGGCGUGCGAAAAAGGGAACUCCUUACCUAUAGACUUUUUAUCCCCAAAAUUCUAUCAAAUGCCUCGAUCGUUCAGGUCAUGCCGCAUCUCCCUCAUGCUCUCAUAGUUCUCUUGCUCCAAAGAGAACCUGAUUUUCAUAGACCGCAACCGAGAUAUAGCCUUGUGGUUUAUGACUAUCAUACCUCCAACAUAAUCAGCAAACUUCAUUCAUCCCCAUUUAUGUUUAUGGCAUCAAAUGGCUACCUGGUGAUGGCACCAAAGCAUACUUUUAAAGACGAUAUUGUUUACAUGCCACUACCAAAGUUUAAUUAUCGUUACAAACAGGCCGCUGCUGUAUUAUCAAAACAAUCAAAACCACGGCUACAGCCUGACGGAAUGAAUACAUUAAAAGUCAACAGAGGGAUCGGGAAAAGAAUGAAGCAGCCCAAGGGAACAAAAAUGGACAAAAGAAAAAAUAGGAGUAGCAAGAUACAAUUCAGUGUUAGAGAUUACAAUAUCGAAUAUGAUGAGUGCGACAUUGGUGAUGAGGAAUACGAAAAUUUAGACGAAUAUGGUGAACACGAUGAUGAACAAUAUGAUUAUGAUGACCGUGAUGAGUACGAUGAAUAUUAA